CCUCCUGCUCCAGCCUCUGCCUCCUCCAUUUUGAUGUCUAGAAUCAGAGGAUCCAGGAUCAUCACCAAGGUCAUUUUCCCAGGUAGGGAGGGGUCUUUCUGCUUCUUUCUUGUCAUGCACAGCUGCUGAGGAAGGGGCUGGGAGAAAAGACAGUGAAAUGGGGAGGAGGAGUCCAUUCGAACCAAGAAACAACGUAUUUGGUUUUUCUUACCCCUGAUAUACAAGCUACCAACCUUUUCCAAGAAGGAGGGCCGGGCCCCCUUCUCGGGUCUGGCUGGGUGCCUGCUGUGCCUCUCAGGCCGCCCCUCCGAAGGGCACCAUUCCCUUGGGUGAGUACUACUGGCCUGCACCAUCUUCCAGUGGAGACAGCCUGAGAAGGGAGUCUGGAGCCUUGAACUUCAGUACCUUCCUUCACUGGCCUCACCCUGUGCAAAUCAUGCCACACACUGGAGCCUCCUUUUCCCUAUCUAUAAAAUAAAAAUGACCCUGCUCUAUGUCACUGGGCUGGCAAGAACACCCUGUUGUUGCCUUGCAGACAGAUGUGCUGAGGCUGUAGAAAGUGCUUAUUUGGUUGGGAGCUUGUGCAUAAAUGCGAGAGGGGCUGCCCAUCUGACGGACUACAGAGGUGACUCAUGGCUGAACUGGAACAGGACAUCGGGGAGAAGCCAGCAGUCAGAAUUCAGAACCCCAAAGAAAAUGACUUCAUUGAAAUUGAACUGAAGAGACAAGAACUGAGUUACCAAAACCUACUAAAAGUGAGUUGCUGUGAACUGGGGAUUAACCCAGAACAAGUGGAGAAGAUCAGAAAGCUACCAAACACACUGCUCAGAAAGGACAAAGACAUUCGAAGACUGCAGGACUUUCAGGAAGUGGAACUCAUUUUAAUGGAAAAUGGAAGCUCCAGAUUGACAGAAUAUAUACCAUCUCUGACAGAAAGGCCCUGCUAUAAUAGCAAAGCUGCAAAAAUGACUUAUUAAAUAAUCCCAGGAAUGGCCGGGCGUGGUGGCUCACGCCUGUAAUCCCAGCACUUUAGGAAGCCAAGGUGGGCAGAUCACCUGAGGUCGGGAGUUCUAGACCAGCCUGGCCAACAUAUAGUGAAACCCCAUCUCUACUAAAAAAAAUACAAAAAUUAGCUAGGUGUGGUGGCGCACACCUGUAGUCCCAGCUACAUGGGAAGCUGAGGCAGGAGAAUCACCUGAACCCAGGAGGCAGAGGUUGCAGUGAGCUGAGAUUGUGCCACUGCACUCCAGCCUGGCGACAGAGCAAGACUCUGUCUCUCGAAAUAAAU